AUGGUUUUAACCACCCCGCAACUGAACAAUGUGCUGAAUACCCUUCGCGAUGACUUCAAUACAAGCCCUGGUGAAGUCUUUCUACUGUUCCUUUGCAAUACUGCAAACGGCGAGGAUCAGCGUGGCGUUUCCGCCGGCAUAAUCGAGUACGCACCCAAGAUCUUGACAGCCAUGGAGAGCCAUCAGAGCUUAUCAAGAGUGUUCUUUGAUAAGGCGAAGGAGUUGGUUGUUUGCCGGUGUACGAACGAAGUGGCUGAGCUGUCAUUGAAAGUACAUAACGGCCAUUUCAAUGCGAAGACUAUGACGGAGGAACAAAUUCGUGCGUACAAAGUUGGAGAGGCAGUCGAGAAGACGAGCCGACUGGCUCCAGUCUUAUGGCAGUUUUUGAUGUCACUGCUCUCGUCAGAUGAAGACAUCAGGAUCCGAAGGAUCGAACUUGCACGGCGACGACACGAAAAGCGAUCAGGUAGCGAACGAAAGACUGAACGAUCUGGCGAUAUUGAAAUGAGCAACGAUGGAGGUGAAGAAGGAGGGGAAGAGGACAACGAUGAUGACAGAUACUUCGAGGAUAGCAAUGAUGAAUGGGACGAUGGAAUCGAUCAGGCAAUGGGACGUCGACAGAAGCUGAUGAAGAUCCGUGGCCUUCUCUGCGCCAGUAUCUUUCUAAAGAGUACAAAUCAGCACUGCAACGCCUUUCAAAGUGUUGUUGGAAUGUUUCUAAACGCGACGAAUACACCAGAGACUGUUCGAGAGUUCCUCUCUUCGUUAGGUGUCUCGAUUACAACGUCAUCGAUUAAUUUGGCCGUUCAAAGUUUGUCAACGGGCGCGCGAAAGCGAAUGGAGGAGUUGGGGAGGUCGUUUCGUGUGCUAUUUGCAUACGAUAACCUGGAUAUGGAAAUGAAGCAAUCAGUGCCGACUGUAGAGACCGAACAAGACAACCUUGUCCAUUUGACGACAGGCACCAUGCUGCCUCUCCAUCCAGACGUUACGCAAGAGGAUCUUGAUUGUUCGGAAGAAUUGUGGGAACGCUGCCCACCAGGAAAGCCGUCGGGCGUACCAUGGAUGAAUCUCGCGAAGAUUCAUGCCAACCCAGCAGACAGCGAGGGACUCCUUCAACGCGACCGCUUCAAUCGGUGGAAGUUCCUCUAUGACCUGGUACACCAUGGACCUGAAUACUUCAGGCAAUUCAAAAGCAAUCUUGGCAGUGCGGAGGUCCUGAAGGCCGUCAAGCCUCACCGGACAUUCCAGGUGCCCAAUCGAACAUUAGAUCUUGCUCCGAGCACCCCCGCAACCAAUGCGCGAGCCAUCGAGGAGUUACUGGCACAGGCAGGAAUAGAAGAGCCUAAGGAAGGAAGCAAUGCCGUCAACAUAGGAAACCAAGUACUACUUAUUUCGGGGGAUUUACUCACUGGCGAACGGAUUCGAAGCUUGCUAGUUUCACGAUCAGAAGAACGAACGCCAUGGCGGCGUAUGCAGUUUGUCGUAUAUGUAAUGGGGUUGUUCCACCUUAAAAUGGCUGCUGCGGAAGCAAUCUGGCGAAUCUUUAUUCGAGACAAAAAUGCACGGCAGGACAAGACAAGUCUAAUGGAACUUUUGAGCCAAAUCCGACCACAGGAAACAGGGAAACUUGGAAGCAAACCGGGGUUUCGUCGAAUGCACGAGGCGAUCGAACAUAUAGGAACAGUCCUUCGUCUCGAUUGUUGGAGGCUUCUGGCGGUAGAAACCAACGAAGAUUGCAAAUCGUUAGAUGACCUUGCGGACCAAAAACCUGAAUGGAAGGAAUUAGUUGAAAUGGCGACAAAAUUGUGCCGAACACAAGUUGCUGCCCCUGAUAUAGAGGAGACGAUGCGCAGUGCAGACGAAGAGGAGCGCGAUGCUCAGCAUGAGAAUAACUUGAUACGCCAGCAAUAUUUCUUGCUGUACGAGGAGUUAUCGUAUGGGAUGAAUCAUGGGGAUAUCGACCGUAUCGAGUCGUGCUUCGUGCCUUGGAUAAUGAUCUUCGCGGGCUGUGGAAAGCAUAAGUAUGCCGCCGAAUUGCAGUGGUACCUUGAGGACGUUCACUUUCGCUAUCCACCUGGUUUGAAAGAGGCCGUUCGGAAUAAUAUACUCUGCAACCCCACGGGGGAAGCAGGGAAAUUCCGUGGAAUUGACUGGCUUGUUGAGCACAAUAACCUGUAUAUCAAGAGGAUAUAUGGAGGAAAGUAUUCGAACCAUACAAAAGAGCAUAUCAUAUCGCAAUCCCCGCUCAUCCAGGUCUAUAAAGACACUAGGAUGCAGUUCGAACAAAUGUUCUGCUUGGAGCACAAAACUAUACGACACUCUCCCCCGAAGAUGACAAAGACAUUUCAAAUACUUGCCGAAUAUAUGAGAAAAGAAAAAGUAAACGAAGUAGUCCGCGGUCGAAAAACAAAGUAUAUGGUACCCGACGUAAUGGGCGAAGGAUUAGCAACCGUUUUCAAGAAACGGGGAUUAAGUAAUCUAGUGGAGGAUGGAGAAGACGAGGAGUUGAUUGAGCUUCAAGACGAUGGUGGAUUGGACUUGUAG